AAGGUGCACAAGUACAGCUAGUUCGCGGAAAAAAUACGCCAGGACUUCGCGAUCCCACUGCGUUUGUGUUGGUGCGCGUAAAUCCGAGCUCGAUCCUUUUCUCGCACCCGGUGGUGCACGUGCUCGCUCUCGCGUUCACUCCGCGUCCAUUUCCCUGUCACUUGUUUGUCGGUGUGUUUCGCCGCGUUCGAGUGUCCUUUUGCGCGUGUGAUUGGAAGGCAGAGGGAUCCUUUUCAUCGCUUGCGACCACCGUACGCGGAUCAAUCGUAGCGCAGUUGAAGUUGAAGGUUGACGUGCGAAACGGUGACUCUCUUUCGGGUUGCCGCUGUUGCUGCUUUUGCGGCUGCUGAAUUUGUGUGUGCCGUGUCUCUGGAAAGGAUUCUGCUUCCUGUGCCAUUCCAGUGAUUGGACUGUGCGCUACGGCAUUUGAAAUUAGAAUAGAAUUACGGCGAAGUUAUGACUUGACAACAGUGGCUCGUCGAUAGCGCACUAAUUCGUGAAACCAACAUUUGCUAAGUAAUCCGGUCUUUCAUGGAUAGCGUUGUGGAUUUGUGAUUUGUUUUGAUUUUGUAACCAGUCAGUUAAAACGUGUGUCCUUCAGGCGUCGCAAUAUUUACCAUUCGGACGAAACAAUAUUUCAAAAUCAUAUUGCAAUUUCAAGAAAGCUACCGCAUUUUAAGUACCGCAUUUAACAACCCUGCUCUUCGCAUCGCAGUUAGCAUGCUCGCCAACUUUGCCUGGUUACGAGUUUAGUGAAAGAAGCAAAAGAACGGGAGUGUAAGCGGACGGGCGGGUGUACUUUGCUGCCCGAGGUCCAGCGGAAGGAGGACUGAAAGUGUCCUUAAAGUACGCACGAAGAAACGACAUUCAUAAACAGGAAACCAAUCCAGCGGAAGCCGCGAAAGGAAAACGCAAGGAGAGAGACCCUUUUCCCGGCUAACGACGCAACACAUACACAGUUUUAAAAAUGGUGCAGGCAUUAGACGAGUACGAUAUCCAGCCGGAUCUGCCACAGGCGCUGCGACUGCUGGACGAGAUGAACAAUAACUUCAAGCAGGUGUCCGACCUGGUGGGCAACAUGCUGCAGCGGGUGAAAACCGGCGAACUGUCGACCGAGUAUGGGCUGAACUUUUUGGAAAUCAAGUACCACAUGCUGCUGAACUAUCUCAUCAAUCUGACGUACGUCGUGCUGAGGAAAUGCUCCGGACACCGUAUCGAGAAGGAUCCAUCGAUUGAUCGACUGAUUGAAAUACGAACCGUGCUUGAGAAGAUUCGACCCAUCGACUACAAGCUGCGCUAUCAGAUCGACAAGCUCGUAAAGACGGCAGUCGCCGGAAGCAGCUCGGGCACAGCCGAUCCAACUUCAUUCCGAGCGAACCCGGCGAAUCUGACGUCUCAAAUGCCGGAACCGGGCGAAACGGCGGGUGACGACGGGGACGCCGGCAACGGUUCGGACGAUGGUGCCGACUCGGACAGCUCCGCGAAGGUGAUGCUUAAACUGAAGCGCGCGAAAGAAGCUGCUCGCAAAAAGGCAGCAGGUCCCGGCGGUGCCGCCGACGUCGACGCUGCUGAUGGUGAGGAGGCGGCUGGUACCGGGCGGCGAAGUAAGCCGGACGUGUACGUGCCACCGAAACUGACAUCGAUGCCUUACGAGGAGGACUCGAAAGCCGAUCGGGCCCGCAGACAGCUGGAGCGAGCACGGAAGCAUGCGCUCGGCUCAUCGCUGAUACAGGAUCUGAAGGACGAGUAUCUCGACACGCCGGUCGAGCUGUCGAGCAGCUCCCGCGCGCAACAGAUUCUAUCGCGCCGCGAGCGGGAACGGGAGGAGUUCGAAGAGACAUACCUUACCCGCUUGCCGACCACGAAGGCGGACAAACACCGUAGCCGAAAGCUGACGACACUUGCUACCUUGGGCGACGAAUUGACGAGUUUCACCGAUUUAAGCGUGCUGAAUGACGACUAUCCGUCCACAUCGGCAGCCGGUCGUGGUGGUAAGAAGCGUAAAGCUGCGAAAGUGAAUAAAAUGCAAGGUAAGAAGCGUCGGUUCCGUUAAACGAGAGUCAUUCCCUGGAUACGAGAGUCGCCCAAGCAGUAAUAAUUAAUAAACUUCAAUGCAGCUUUGCGAAAGGCAAAUGUAAUAUAAACAUAGCAUACAAGUUUUGCCUCAAGCAGCUCAUCAACUUCCUGUUCCAAAAAGCUUCACAUGAGAUCCUGUUUAACUAAAGCUUUUAACCGGUUUUGUUAAAAUAGUGCAAUCGGUCCUAGUACAGAUGUUUUGUUCAUAAUGUUACUGUUUGCGGUGUUUAUUUUGAUGAGUACGUUUUGUUUGUU